AUGGAGGCUGGCAGUUUUGCAAGCCCUUCCCGCUGCGUGCCAGCCCUGCGCAGCCAUUCGCCGGAAAGGGUGUAUUACUCGUACAUGCAUCCAAUGUUUGCCCUCACACGCCCCCUCUCGCUGCCUGUCGGCACUCCCCUGCAGCCGCAGCAGCAGCUAGCAGCUUGUGACUUUGAGCAACCGCAGAGUGAAGAGCAAGCAGCAACCACACCCCCCGGCGACGAGCUGGCGACAUUGAUCCAUGGCUCCGCUUCAGCCCUCCAAUCUAUGAGAGCGCUAGCCAUACAGCUCUCGAACCCGAAUGACGGUAGUGCUACCUCGCACCCACACCGGGCCCACGACCAGGAUCGGGACCAAGGCCUUCAGGUCCCGUUCCAAGGGCCAAGGCAACAAGCAGCGAAGUGGCUCAGCGACAAAAGAAGCGCAGAAGAGACCCAACGGAGGAGAAAAGAUGACUUGACACAGCCAGCGCUGGGGGCGCUAAAACCGAGAGGCUGA